AUGCUUAGUGAAUAGAUAGUUAAUCCUGAACCUAGAAUAGCAACUGAAUUUGAUAAUAAAUUAGUUUGUCAUGUAUGUGACGAUGAACUUGAACGUCCAAAUCAUUGGUAUGAUUAAAUUAUAAGAUUAGUGAUUUUUGUGGAAAAUCUACUUGCUCUAAUUGUAUAGUGAAGAGAAGAAAAUCAAAAGAUGAUGCUAUUCAUCCUGUUUGUGAAUAUUGUGAACGUAUAUUUGUUGAACGUAUUCUAAUAUUAAGUGUAAAAAAGUAAAAAGAAGAAUUAGCAAAUUCUUUGGAAUAAGCAAAUGUAGAAUUAGCUAAUAAAAGAUAAUAAUUAUAUUCAUUUAAGAAUGUACUUUAGAAUAAUCCAGAUUCAGUAACUUCUGAAUAAAAGAUUUAAAAAUUAGAUGAAGAUAUAAUUGAAGCCACAUAUCAAAAAAAUAUAUUAUUAUCACAAUAACAAGAAAUAGAAAUAGAGAAAAUAGAACUUAAAUAAUCAAAUAUGGAAAAAGCUUAAAAUGUAGAUAUUAAAUAAGUGAAAUUACAGGAGACAUUAAAUAAAGCAUAGAAAUCUAAAGAUGAAUUAGAAGACAUUUAAAGAUAAAUUGAUGAGUUCUUGGCUAAUUUACCUAUACUAGAAGCUGAAUAAAAAUCAGCAAUUACUUAAUUAGACUUCUCAAAUUAUGAAUAAAUAUUUAGAGGUAGCAAUUUACCUGAAUUAAUGAAUUAAUAAGCCAUUAAAUAAAGUCAAAUAAUGUAAUAACCUAAUAGUAAGAAAAAAUAAGAAUAGAAAAAGGAUUGUAAUAUAUUUUGA